AUGUGUGCAAAGUAUCUGUUUAUGUUAUGUUUAUUGGCAUAUGCUGCAGAAGCACAAAAGGUUUUCAAUGUCAAAGACUACGGAGCCAUUCAAGACGGCAACACUGAUAAUAGUGUGGCAUUUGUGACAGCGUGGAGUGAUGCAUGCAAGUGGAACGGAGUGGCAACAGUUUUGAUUCCAAACGGAACGUAUAUGUUGAAAUCUGUUAUAUUUAACGGUCCUUGCAACGGUUCAAUAACCUUCGAAAUCAACGGUGUUCUGAAGGCUCCAAUUGAUCCAUCUAUGCUUGCUGACCAGAAAUGGAUAAAUUUCAGAUAUGUUGACAAAUUGACCAUCAAUGGAGGUGGCACUUUCGACGGUCAAGGAACUGCCACGCGCCAAAAAUGUCAAAACGAUUCAUGUCAAAUUCUUUUCACGACCAUGGUUCUGGACUUCAUCACCAACGGUCGCAUUGAAAACUUGCAUUCUGCUGAUAGUAAAGGCGGACAUUUCAUAGUGUUCGGAAGUGGAAACAUCACCUUCACAAACCUAACCUUAACAAGCCCUGCUAACAACCGAAACACAGACGGAAUCAAAACAUCUCAUACAAAUGGAAUAAACAUCACGAAUGUGAAAAUUGGCACUGGUGAUGACUGUAUUGCUAUGAUUUCUGGCACCAAGAAUGUUCGAAUUAAGAAUGUUUUUUGUGGCCCAGGUCACGGAAUUAGUGUCGGAAGCCUUGGUGGUGGUGGGAACCCACCAGACUUACCUGUGGAAGAUGUAGUUGUCAAGAAUUGCACUUUCAACAGUUCUAUCAAUGGUGUCCAAAUCAAAACAUGGCCCUUUCCAUUGAAGACGCCUUUAAGUGUUUCAAAUUUCAUCUAUGAAGACAUUGUCAUGAUUAAUGUCAAAAAUCCUAUCUUCAUUAAUCAACAAUAUUGUCCUAAACAUAACUGCGACCUUACGAAAUCUUCACACGUGCAAAUCAGCAAUGUUUCAUACAAAAAUAUUAGAGGAAGCAGUGCUACUGAUAUUGCUGUGAAUUUAAAUUGCAGUAUGGAACUGCCAUGUCAAAACGUAACUGUGGAGGAUAUUGAUUUGUCAAGUUCUGGUAGAGAUGGAAGACAACAUAUAAAGAAUUACUGUUCUCACGUGAAAGGUUUUUCUUAUGGCAAACAAAUUCCCCCAUCUUGUCUUCCCAAUAAUAAAUUUAGAACAACACCUCUUCCGUAUUAG